AGAACUUUUCCACGAUAAAAUGGGUAGAACUAAAACAAGAUACAGCAAAUACCCUUGAAGCUUCCUCGCGUGAGUGUUUGUAAACAGCAUCGAGCAAUGCUUUUAAAAUUUCUGGAUGCUCAGUUAAGAAUGGCAUGUGUUCUUUUGCGUGUGGUCGUGUUGGGCAUCUUCGAAAAAAUUGCCGUUUUCAGGAAUAUACGUGCAAAAAGUGUCAUCGUAAAGGACAUUUGCAAGCUGCGUGCGAGCUACAAAGGAAUUUUUUUGUGAGUGCCGAACUUGGAGUAGUUAACCGAGCGACGAACUAUGACAACGCAGAUGAGGGUCAAAUCGAUCUGCAGCAGAACCACAUAAGUAAGUGUGAACCUAUCAAAUUGCAUUGCUUAUCAAUAGUCGAGAACCGAAAGGAUUGGUUGAAGAUAGAGGUUAAGGUACAAGGUAAACAAAUGUUGAUGGAAUUGGACACCGGUGCCGGAGUGUGUGUCAUUUCAACAAGCUUUUAUAGGGCAAAAUUCAGUCAGUGGCGACUUGAAAAGUCUGACUUGCAGCUGCAGUUGUACUCGGGACACAAAAUGCGAGUAGCGGGCACGAUAACACCAAUAGUGGAAUAUAACGGCAAAGUGAGAAAAAUUUUGUUCGCGGUUGUCGAAGAAGAAGGACCACCGUUGUUGGGAAAAAAUUUCAUGAAGGCGUUUGGGUUACGGUUAGCAAUGGUUAAUAACAUAGCAACUGGUUUCGAAAUUCAAUUAGCGACAUUACUGAAGAAAUUUGAAAGUUUGUUUACGUCGACUCUGGGACGCUACCAGUAUGAAACUGUGAAAUUGGAACUACUGGAUGGAGCUGAACCUACUUUUAGGAAGCCAAGGCAAGUUCCGUAUAAGUUUCAACAACAGGUCGCUUUGGAAUUGAACAAAAUGGAAGAACUUGGGAUCAUUACCCGAGUUGACAGCAGUCGUUGGGGCACACCUUUAGUACCAGUCGUGAAAUCAGAUGGAAGUAUAAGACUUUGUGGCGAUUAUAAAGUCACUCUCAAUCGUUAUUUGAAAGACGUCAAGCACCCGUUACCGACUGCAGAAGAAAUUUUUGCUAAACUCAAUGGUGGAACUCGAUUUUCUAAAUUGGACCUAUCGAAAGCGUACAACCAGUUCGAGUUGGAUGAUCGGUCUAAAGAGCUGUGUGCAAUUUCAACUAACCAAGGUGUUUAUCAGAUGAAUCGUUUACCCUUCGGUGUGAAACCUGCAUCUGGUAUUGUCCAAAGAGAAAUUGAAAAAUUAUUUUGCGGUAUGGAAGGUGUAUCGAAUUUUUUAGAUGAUGUCAUCGUUGCUGGUUCUGAUGAUGUGGAACAUAUUCAGCGCUUGGAGCAGGUUUUUCAUAUCCUUGAAAAAGCGGGUUUGAAGUUGAAUAAGUCGAAAUGUGAAUUUUUUAAGACCAGUGUGACCUUCAUCGGUUAUGUUAUUACAAAGGACGGUCUUAAGAAGACGGAUGAGCGGAUAAGAGCUAUCAGGGAUGCUCCCGAACCAAAAACGCUAACAGAUGUGAGAGCAUUUGCGGGACUGGUUAACUAUUAUGCUAAAUUUGUUGCCGGGUUCGCUGAUAUCAUGAGCCCACUGUACAAUUUUUUACGUAAAAAUGUAAAAUUUGAAUGGACGGAUAAAUGCAGUAGUGCAUUUCAGCGUGUUAAAGAUGAAAUUUGCAAAGACAUUACGUUGGCGCAUUUUAAUCCAGAUGCUGAACUGAUCCUCACGUGUGAUGCUUCCAAUGUAGGUGUUUCCGCAGUGUUGAGUCAAAUAGAAAGUGGAGUUGAACGACCAGUUGCAUUUGCGUCCAGAACACUUCACCCAGCUGAAGUUAAUUACAGUGUGAUCGACCGGGAAGCGUUGGCAGUCGUAUACGGUGUUAACAAAUUUUUUUUGCACCUGGUGGGCAACAUAUUUAUGAUUCAAACGGAUCAUAAACCGCUAUUGUCUCUUUUCAAUCCAAAUAAAGGAAUUCCAGCAAUUGCAGCAAGUCGAAUGCGAAGAUGGGCAAAUUUUUUGUCUGGUUUCAAUUACAACAUUGGAUACGUUAAGUCGCAGUUGAAUGUUGCAGAUUAUCCUUCUCGUUUUCCAGUGGAAUCAUGGAAAAUUUGGAAAGAAGAGGAUUCGUACCUCAAUUUCAUUAACACAGGCGAAUGCGGUUUUAUAUCGUUGAACAAGUUAGCGCAAGAAACGGAAGAGGACCCACAUCUCACGAAAGUAUUGAAGUUUUUAACUGGUAAGAAAGUCCAGCUAACACGAAGUGAUCCGUAUGCUAAAUAUAUCAAUGAAUUAUCAGUAGAGCGUAACAUCAUUAUGCGUGGACACAGAGUAGUAGUACCUAUGACGUUAAGACAGGAGGUUUUGGCGAAAUUACAUCGCUCUCACCUAGGUGUUGUAAAAAGUAAAAGCAUUGCAAGAAGUAAUUUUUGGUGGCCGGGCCUUGAUCUGGAAAUCGAGAGUUUUGUGAAAAACUGUUCAAGCUGUUUAUUGCAUAGCACAUCACCGCCCAAAGCUGAACUUAUUCCUUGGAAACCACCCAAUAAAGUUUGGAACAGAAUCCACGUUGAUUUCGCAGGGCCAGUGAAGGGUUUCUUUUACCUGAUAAUUAUGGAUGCUUUGUCGAAAUGGGUUGAAGUAUUCCCUACCAAAACUUGCAACGCACAAUUUGUUCUAGACAAGCUGUCUGAAUGUAUAGCUCGGUUUGGAAUAUUUGAUGAGUUGGUGAGUGACAAUGGAACACAGUUUAUUGCAACGGAGGUACGGAGAUUUUUGUCUGCCAAUGGUAUUCGUCAUAGUUUGACCAGCCCAGGCCAUCCUGCUACGAACGGCGCGGCAGAAAAUAUGGUAAAAACAUUUAAAUCAUCCCUUUUGAAAAACUUGGACGAGCAGAAUAAAAGUGUUUGCAGUAUCAUUGCCAAUUUUGUAAUGGGUUAUAGAAAAGCAGUGCACUGUUCAACUGGUAUGUCGCCAGCGCUCCUAAUGCUUGGAAAGGAUAUAAAAAGCUCAUUAGAAUCGAUGAAUCCAAGGUAUACUGCAACAGACAACGUAUCCAGCGAAGAAAAAACGGCCCAAAAAAUAUACUAGACAAACAGCAAUCACAGAUAAAAUACUACGGCGGUAUAAGAAAUGAAGUAUUUCAUCCAGGUGAUAGGGUGGUAGUACGUGAUUAUAGUAACCCAAACAAAGCUUCUUGGGUGACUGCUGUUAUUCGUGAGGUUUUGGGAGAGCGUAACUAUCGUGUCCAGUUGAACUCUGGCAGAUUGAUCAAACGGCUUCUUAACCAAAUAAAAAAGAUACACGUGAACCCCAGAUUAACGAAGAAGCAGCAGUGGUAGUUGUCCCUCGAACACAGAUGAAGGUUACCGGUUCGGCUCCAGUGAAGCGAUCGACUAACAACACCGCGGCAGUGCAUGAAUUGCAAGCUAGCCAAGCACGUAAUGUGGACGAUAACGAUAGUCAGUCUUUCGUUACUAUAGAGGAUAUCACACAUGAUAUGAGCAGAUUAAGUUUGAACACCGAUGACAGCGCUGAGGCACCAGGUGAUCCAAUUUAUCAAUCUUCGCCCUUGAACAGGUCGGUAGACAGCGACAAGGGAUUAGUUGUGAGUGGGUUUACGCGAGGAUUCUGGAGACUAAGAGAUGCAAAGUAACCUUGUCAAAUUCUUUGUUAUUUCAGAUGCUUAUUGUUGAUGAGACGUUAGCGGCGUGAUGAAUUAUCUUAGUGUGAGGGUGUUAGAUAUGCGAUUUUUCUCAGUGUAAAAACUACCGCGUACAGAACGAUCAUCGUUGACCUUCAUGAGAGUACGAACGACGCCAGGCGAUUGAUGUAUUUACAA